CUCCGCGUCACCACUGCCCAGCACAACGGUGUCUCCGUCCUUCUUUUGUUACUGCACCUGCCUAGAACUCGGGAGGAUGCUAACCCGGCGUUAACUGCAUCUCUCUAUCCCGCUCCGUAUAGACUGCAGCCCCCCCGGUCCGCAUUCUUUGCUGACUGAUGAGUCGUCGCAAGUUUCAGAACAUCCGCGCUCUGGACACACACCUCCGCCGCCCGCGGCCACACUGAACUGACGCCUUGCGCUACCCGUACUUUAUUUUGCGACUUUUUGUAUAUAGACGGUUGGCCCCCGUCGCCACCACCCACAGCAACACCCGGCAUGAUACACCAACAAACAGCUUCUUCUCUAGUGAACGGGUCGCGACUCAAACUUGCUUCCUCACUACUAACAUCGUCGUCUGCAACUGUCAAAUCUCCCGCACCCAGCAAACGGACUUCUUCUGAAGACUCCGUCCCUCGCCGAUCCCACCAAACUAUGGCUGCCGCCGCCGCACCCCCCUCCGCUCCCAAUGCGACAACUCGUCCCCCGGGAACCUACUUCCCACUGGGAUACAAAGAUGCCGUAUAUCAAUGGUGGACAAGUGUAACUCCGCAAAUGGCCGAACGCAACGUCCUGUCACACAUCCCUUACCUCAAAGAAGCCCGCGAAAACGCCUCCCUCGACUCGACCAAGCCAGACCCCUUCGGCCAGCGCGUAUGGAAGUCCCAAAUGGUCGAGCUCUCCGGCAAGAACCGCGCCCUCAACGAAUACUCCAUCGAGCGCGUCGGCGAGGAGGUCGACAACAACCUCGUCAUCGUCCACGGCUACGGCGCCGGCCUCGGCUUCUUCUACAAGAACUUUGAGCCCCUCUCCCGACCCAAGGGAUGGAAGCUCUACGCCCUCGACAUGCUCGGCAUGGGCAACUCCACGAGGCCGCCGUUCAAGGUCACCGCUAAGGACCAGGAGGGUAAGACCCGCGAGGCCGAGGCCUGGUUCAUCGAUGCCCUGGAGGAGUGGCGCAAGAAGCGCAAUAUUGACAAGUUUACCCUCGUCGGUCACUCCCUCGGCGGAUACCUCUCCAUCGCCUACGCGCUCAAGUACCCCGGCCACCUCAAGAAGCUCAUCCUCGCCUCGCCCGUGGGAAUCCCCGAAGACCCAUACGCAGUCAACGCAGCCAUGCCCGAACCCGAAGAGUCGACCCUCCAAAACGAGUUCACACAGGACCAAAACGAAGUCACCAGUAACGGCUCCAACACAACAGCAUCACGAAACACCAAGCCCAACGCACCCAAGCGUCCCCUCCCAGGCUGGCUCGUCUGGCUCUGGGACGCAAACGUCUCCCCCUUCAGCAUCGUCCGCUUCACCGGCCCGCUCGGCCCCCGCUUCGUCUCCGGCUGGACCUCCCGCCGCUUCAACCACCUGCCCCAAGAAGAGUCCCAGGCGCUGCACGACUACGCCUUCUCCAUCUUCCGCCAGCGCGGCAGCGGCGAGUACGCCCUGCCGUACAUUCUCGCCCCCGGCGCCUUCGCCCGCAGCCCCAUGGUCAACAGGAUAGACGGCGUCGGCCGCCAGGUCAUUGAGAAGAGCACGGGCGAGAAGCUCAGGGAGACGGGAAUUCCCAUCGUCAUGAUGUACGGCGAGAACGACUGGAUGGACAAGAAGGGUGGCGUCGCGGCGGCCGAGAAGCUGAAGCAGGCUAGGUUGCAGGCGCUGCUCAACGGCACCGAGGAAGAGAAGAGGAGGGAGAAUGGGUCGGCAAAGGUUAUUGAGGUUUCCAAAUCGGGUCACCACCUUUACCUCGAUAACGCCGAGGAGUUUAAUGACUACAUCCUCAAAGAGAUGGAAGAUGUCCAGAAGAGCAAGCUAUAGAGAUUUGGGUUAUGGACAUUUCGGGAGUGGAGUGAUUGGUGAAAAUAGGGGCAAGCUUCACAGCCUUGCCAGCCAGAGGAGCAUGUUUUUUGAGGCGUUUUUCGGGGGAUUGCAUUGCGUGACAACAGAUCGAGCCUGAACACGGCCGACGGGAAUAUCCAGUGGGAGCGUUUGGCUUGGUAUAAUAGAGUCUGUUCAACCGUCUUAUCUAGAUGAUGAAUACAAUUACAU